CCCUUCAUGCUUUUAAUGUUGUUUUCUCUAGUUGAUGACUAUCAAAUCAAACCGGGUGGGAUGCAUGGUUCUGUACACGAGACCUCCUGUUUGCAAAUUUGAUCUACCACCCACUUGGUCUGUAUCCCAUUGGGGAGGUGCUUUGACGUCUCCACCUUGUUUUCCGGGAAGCUUGACUGAUCUCUUCUACGAAACACUUCCCCACCUCCCAACUACACAUACGCAGAUACAUAGCUUCAUCAGGGAGGCAGAAGUGUGGGUUGGAUUGCUUGUGUCUGUGUGUGUCUGUGUGUGUGUGUGUGUGUGUUUGUGUGUGUGUUCAAGGCUUGUGAACAGCUCUCAGUUGGAAUCUAGAAUGAUGCAGACUCCUCUUUUCAUCAGCCUCCUUGCUGCCUUCAUAGCCCUGGGAAUGGCUCUGGAAUGUGAGCAAUGUGCUGUGCAGACAAGCCAAUGCUCAGGACCUAUGAUACAAUGCACCCAGGAGCAAGACUCAUGUGUUCUUCGGGUGGUGAGUACCAGCAUUGCUGGGUCAGUAGAACAAAAUGUUUUUGAGAAGGGUUGCGGCUCAUCAAAAUUCUGCGGCAAAGGGCCCAAUGUCAUCAACUAUGGCCUACUUGGAACAACAGUAAUUGAUACUCAUUGUUGUAUGGGAGCUGCCUGCAAAACAACACGACUCCCUGCUCCAAGGAGAAACACCACAUUAAAUGGAAGGCAGUGCUCCACUUGCUCACCUGACGGAGCCGAGUGUAAGUUUCCGCCCAUCCAAUGUGCUGGAGUCGAGACCAAAUGCUUUGAGAUAACUGGAUCUCAAAACAUAGCAGGACAAAUCAUAAACAGCGUCAUCAAGGGCUGUGCAAAUGAACUGGCCUGUCAAGCAAUGGAAACAGAUGCCAAAACAUUUGGGAAUAUGAUUUAUGAAGUCAAGUCAGCUAAAUGCACAGAUGGGGUGGGCAGUACCACCCCAGGAUCGCUCGGACUCCUCUUCCCAGCCCUUAGCGGGCUGCUGCUGGUGAAGUUCCUUGCUUGAUUCCCCAGUUGAUGCUGAGAUUGGAGAAUCCGCUUUGAGCUAUUCCUCUUUGCUGCUUGCUUGCAGCUAUUAUUAGGGCCACCUGCAGAUGCUGAAGAGCAAGGGCCAAAGGCCACUCUCUGGUCUUGUCUGCCUGGUGCUUGAGAGUCUUCCUGGGACACCUCCCUGCCCCUUUCACCCACUUUGAGCUCUUUUGGCUGCCUGGAAUGUGUCUUUGUGCUCUGAUGAUGCUUCUAGCUUGCCUGGUUGGUAGACAGAGAUGGAUAAAAAGAUUAUUGUAUGUGUUGUAUUUGUUUUUUAAUGUUUGUUUGUUUUGUUUAUUGUUUUGUAUGUGUUUAAUUGGAAAAUUUAAUAAAAUGCCUUU